AGCCCUGUUGAGUUUCCCCCAAGCGUCAUGCCCGCCAAACCAGCACCUAUCAAAAAAUCAGCCAAGAAGGCUGCUGAGAAAGAGGAGAAGCCCGCAGAGCCGGCGCCCGUUGCCGAGACAGCUCCAGUCGAGGCGCCUCCUGCUGAAGCUCCUCUGGUAGAAGCUGCAGCUCCAGUGGCCGUGGAGGAAACUACACCCGCUCCAGAGGCACCUGCUGCUGAAGGCCCUGCUGAGGAAACUGCUCCUGCCGCUGAUGCUCCAGCUGAGGCUGCUCCUGCUGAACCUGCACCUGUAGAAGAGCCACCAAAAGCCCCUACACCACCUCCUCCAGCAGUUCCCCCUAGUGCCCCUCAAGGCCUCAGUGUGGACGAUGUCAACGAUAGCUCAGUCACUCUGAAGUGGAGAUCCCCAGAGAACAUUGGCUCUGGACUGGAUGGAUACACUGUGGAAUACUGCAAGGAAGGAUCUUCUGAAUGGGUGAUUGCCAAUACCGAGCUUGUCACUUCCAACCGGCAUGUCAUCAGAGGACUGACAACUGGGGACAUGCUUAACAUCCGUGUGGUGGCUGUGAAUGCUGGAGGCCGCAGUGAGCCUGUUGUCCUGCCUCAGCCCAUUCCAGUCCGAGAGGUCAUGGAUCGGCCCAGGAUCCGCAUGCCCCGUGCCCUGAGGUCCAAAUACGUCAGGCAUGCUGGAGAACAGAUCAAUCUUGUCAUCCCAUUCAGUGGCAAACCUAAACCUGUCAUAUCAUGGACCAAGAAUGGCCAGCCUUUGGAUACGAAGAAGGUGAAUGUCCGAAACAGCGACAAGGAUAGCAUUCUGUUUAUCCGCAAGGCUGAGAGAGAUGAUUCCGGCAGCUAUGAGAUGAGCGUGAAGGUCGACAGCUUCGAGGACAAGACUACCCUCAUAAUUCAGAUUGUCGAUCUGCCUGGUCCUCCAGUCUCGGUCAAGCUUGUGGACUCUUGGGGCUUCAAUGCAGCUCUGGAAUGGACUCCGCCUAAAGACAGCGGCAACACAGAGAUCACGGGAUACACCGUUCAGAAGGCUGACAAGAAAACUGGAGAGUGGUUCACGGUUCUGGAGCACUUUCAUAGGUUGAACGUUACUGUCACCGACCUUGUGAUGGGAAAUGUAUACACCUUCAGGGUUUUUUCUGAAAACAUGGUCGGAAGGAGCGAGAGUGCCACUGUUACAAAAGAUGCUGCUCGUGUUAAGAAAACAGUCCCGGCUGAGGUUGUUGUCCCCCUUUCUGUAGGCAUUGUCUACAAGCCACUUGAGUACAAGGAACAUGAUUUCAGUGAGGCUCCCAAGUUUACAGCCCCCCUCAAAGACAGAGCUGCCACUGUGGGCUACACUGCCAAACUACUGUGUGCAGUCCGAGGCAGUCCAAAGCCCAAGAUCGAGUGGCUAAAGAACCAGAUGCUCCUAGGAGAUGAUCCUAAAUUCAGGCAGAUCAACAACCAAGGAGUGUGCUCUCUCGAAAUCCGUAAACCAUCCAGCUUUGACGGCGGUGUCUACACUUGCAGGGCCAAGAAUGCUCUCGGUGAGGCUACAGUUGCCUGUAAGCUGGAGGUCAAACAGGUGACCAUCCAAGAGGAAAAAGACAAGAAAUAGGUUGAUGUGCACAGUUCUCUUGUUAAGGAGCAGCAGGACACGAUGUGAAAGAAAACUAAACAAUGAUGUUUACAGUGGUGCAGGAGGAUGAGCUGUUGUGUGCUCAAUAAUACAGUCUCAGCGUUCUCAACAAAGACUCAACAAAACACAUGAAACAAAGGAUAGUUUCCUGUUUUACUAGAAAAGCUACAGCGCCAUGUUAGUUAUGGCCUAAAAAAUGUUUUUUUUUGUUUUGUAUUUCUUGCAUGUAUUAGUUGUCUGUACCUGUUUCUAAUGAAAUCUCUGUGUCAUUGAGAAUUUAAUAAGCACAGUUCUUGCAACCAUAUAAAAUGUACAAAAUUAGCAUAUUGUGCUUUUCAUGUUUUAAUUAGAUAUAAUGCUGCAGUAAACAACAACAACAACAAUGUAUGCGAUAUUGUAUGUCAAAUCAUGUUUAAAUUGAGCUUGAACAGUGUUGAACUGAUAUUGUAGUCACUGGUCUGUUUGUAAUACACCAGCAGGAUGGCUAAAUUAAUGGUCAUGAAGGGAAUAUUUAUGAAGAUGGUAUGUGGUCUUCACAGCCCAUAUACUGGUUUUAAAUAUAAUUGUAAACAGGCUUUAAUUGACACCCUCACCAAAUAAACUUCAGAUGAAACCA